UCUGAUUGCAGCUGAUAAAUCCCACAGAGAGAAAAAAUAGGAAAAAUUUCAUAAAUUUCAAAGCACUAAAUCUUUUUGUAGAAAAUCUCUAUCUGUACCUAUAAUCUCAAUUUACUUUAGACGAGAAAAGAAAUCCAAGUUAGAAUAUAUUGUCUGAACUGGAAAUUCACUGUCUCAAGGCACUCAAAAUCCAACCUCUGUAUGCAAUUUUCUUCAGGGAUCACGUAGUUUUGAUUACAUAUAACAAGGAAAGUUGAUAUUAUUACAUUUGAGGCAAAAUCUUGGACAAACUCCUAUAUAAACCCACUGGUUGUUCUCACAUUCUGCACUGCUCUAUACCUGUCUGAAAUUAUAUAUUCAAACAUAGUUUGAGUUAGAUCUCAGUAAGAACUUCUCCCACCCUUUUGUAAUAAUACCAAUGGCUGCUCAAAAUCAUCUUGAUAUGAGCUUCCAGUCUCCUGGGCCAUCCCAGAAGAGAAGUAACGUACCUCACUUGCCCGAUGACCUUAUCGAGGCCAUCCUCUCGUUCCUUCCUCCCAAGGAAGUUUGCAGGCUUGCUGUCCUGUCGAAAAGAUUUAGGUACUCAUGGCAGUUGUGUCGCGAUCUCUGCUUUGACAGGGAAUUUGCUAUGAACAUGUCGAGGGAUGAGUAUAAGAGCAUCGUUAACAAUUUUUUCUUCAAUAAUGUGAACUCUAGAGCCGAUACAUUCAAAUUGUACUUCGACGCAGCCGGUGAUACGUGUCUAGUUUGUUAUUGGAUACAUAGGGCUGUUACGUUAGGAGUACGCGAAUUUGAGCUAGAUUUCACUCCAUCAGCCAAAAAGUACAUGCUAAGCUACGAGCUUGUGGAUGUCAAAACUAUAAAAAUCAUGAGGCUCGUCAACUGCGAGCUUCACUUGCCGUUUGUCUCAAAUGGGCUGCGCAAUCUCAGGGAACUCACGUUCGAGAGGGUGCGGGCACGGCCCGUGGCGAUGCAAGCCAUAUUCCUCAACUGCGUGUCGUUGAGGAGUUUGAAGCUGAUCCAAUGCAAUCAUGUUUAUAAUCUCAAGAUUUCUGCUCUAGAAUUGAAGGGCUUUCAGAAUUUGGUAGUGAAGAAUUGCUCCGACGUUCUUUCCGUGAGCAUAAAAGCUCCUGUUCUUCGUUCCUUCCACUACCAUGGCAAGCUUUGUGACUUCAAAUUUUACAGUGAUUUGCCGAAAUUGAAGGAUGUGAUACUUGAGAUUGCGCACCCCAGAGGGUUUCAUUUGCUUUCUAACAGGGAACAUGUGGUUAUUAGUCUCGCCUUUGUCAGGGUCCUCACUGUUACCAGUACUUUUCUUGAGGGGUUAUCUGCGAGGUUUGAAGAAAACGAGUACAAGGAGAUGGAAUUUUGCAUGCCGAGAUUGGAGGAAUUCCACUUAAUUGUUGCACCAGAGAGUUAUCUUCUUCCAUCUGAUAUUGCAAGUUUUCUCAAGAAGUGCCCACGGAUUCAGAGAGUUUUUAUUGAUCUUGGAAAUAAUGCAUUCGGGACUAGUUUUUAUUGGGAGAGUUACGGCAGAAACUACUUGAACGAGUGCGGGGCAGUAUUUCCACACUUGAGAUGUGUGAAGAUAAAGGGGUUUACACUAAACGAGCUGCCGGUGACCAUGGCCAGGUUCUUUCUCAAGACUGCAGUCUACUUACACUGUUUAAUCCUCGUAAAAUCCAAAAGACAUUAUUUUCCUGAAGCAUUUAUGCCAGAUUGUCUUCUUUGGGGUACAACAUCUAAUACCCAAAUCCAAAUCUAUGACCCUCAGGGAGACACAAGUACCAUCAUCCCUCAACAUUUGUAAUUUGAUGUUUAUGAUAAAAUAAAAUUCAUGGGAUGACCUUUGACUGUGUCAUAAUAUUCUUGCAAUCUUGGCUCCACUUUUAUGUUACAAUCAUAUUGUGUUUUUAUGUGGUCUGAAUUUUAGCAGUUGAUAUGUAGCAUCAGAUUAUGUGAAGAA